CAGCAAUCACUGUCGGUCUUUACCUUCUUAACGGACGUUCGUGAAGUUCGGUCUCUCUGUCGGCUUCGGUAAACUCGUUCGAGAAGUGGGCUUAUAUUACUUACUGAUUACGGACGGAUAUAUCCAACGAUCAGCGAUCGAUCAUAGACAAGGUUCCUAUCCAGAAGAAUAUUGCAUACAGGAUGUUGUACUCCAAGCGGAGUCUGCGGAGGAUCGCCCGGCAUGAUGAGCCGGAAUUCAGCAACGCCAGUAUCUUGAAUAGCAUGGAGAAGUUCGUGCGCACCGUGAGCGAGAUGGAGGAUACCAUUCUGGUGCCUAGUCGUCUGCUGGAUCUAUCUGUGGGUGAUGCGGGUGAUACAAUCUGCAUGAAGGGCAAACGUGGCUGCACGGUGAAGGACACCUUGGCCAACACCGACUUAUACCGUCUGUACAAUAUUAUCAAUCAGAUGAAGAUCGAGUUACUGUGGUCGCAGGAGCCUACACGAGGCAACGUGGCGGACGAUCAGACGCCGAUUAAGAGUCACCCGAUUGGUAGCCCAUCUGAACUGACGCACCAUCAGACUAUAAGCAGUGGCAGACUUGGCCAUGUGCGUUGUCCCAGCACCACGUCUAUGCAGAGUGUACAGAGCGCGUCCUCGAUCGCCUGGACCUCCGACUCGGACUCUGAGAACGGCAUUGAAAUUGACAGCGGCCUAGAAGGUGAAGAAUGCGAUCUAGCAAGCAUCGCCGCCGAAAACUUUAAGCGUCAUCUGCGUGGUCUUCACAGCAGCAUCGCCCGUAUGACAGAGGCAGCUGAAUAUUUGACGUUGCGAUAUCAAGCCGAUGUAGGUGGACAGGUCUGAUUCUCCGCCGGUAUCAUUAUCACCAUUGUUGUCGUCAUCGUCGCCGCCCGUGUGUUAUUGAUUGUCAUCAUGUUAGUUGGCAUUGCGAACAAAUAUCACGUCACUUUGUAAUCGAUCUCAUGGACAUUGCCGCGAUUUUUUCGAUUUCCCGAGAUUGAUAACAGAAUUUCAGGAAACGCUGAUGAUGAAUCGCAAAAGAUUUUCUAGCAUUAUACUAAUCUAUAUCAAUUUGUUAUUUUAUUAACGUAUAAUUUACUGUGUUAAAACACGCUAUUGCGAUUAGUUUAUAUGAAUGAUAAAGAUAUGAUUCGUAUUUGGGAUGCGCGGUACGAGAAUAAAUCGUCAUCGGAUAUAUAAAAUUCCGCAUAAAUAAACUAUUAGUUCCCAAAUAGAAUUGAGAAACUAUGAGAUAAGAUAUCUCGUAUCAUUUUUGGCAUAGCAUUAUGAUAUAACAUUAGAAAAGAAAAACAACUAGUUCAGACUUUGAUUUUUCUCAUUGCCAUUUGUGCGGAUUCGAGUUUUGACAAUGGGUAUUGCCUGCCGUAGAUGAAGAGGCUUUCGAGAUGACAUGCUAUCACAAAAUGUUAUAGUUACAUGGGUAGUAAGAAGAACUGAUAACUCCAUCUUGAGAGAAUUGAGGAUUAAUACGAAUAAGUGUUUACUUUCAACUAUCCAAAUGUAAAUUCUUAAAUUUUUCGGUCAUUUUGUUAGACGAGAUAUUAUCGCGAAACUCGUAAUCCAAGGGAAGGUAAUGAAAAGCGACGGAGAGAAUGUUUCUUGAUUCGAUAUAUCGACUAAAUAAAAACUUUAAGGAAUAUGCCGCUGAAGAACAUAAGCUAACACUUAGCAUGACUUAGCGGAAGAUUAUGAGGCGUGGCAGGUUAUCGCGCACAGGACUGCAUGAAAAGUUACGACAUUCGAAAAAACCGCAAUCAAAAAGAUAGCAUUAUGGAAGCUAAUGGUUUUGUACUGCUUUUAAUAAUAUAAUUUAGCACCGGCAGAUCGAACAAAAUAAAAAGAAUUUAAAAUCAUCGUUAUUAAUCCGGGAGUAAUCGCAUACCGGUUAUUUUGCCAUACUCUUUCGUUUUCUAUUUUUCUA